CUCACACUGACACUGAAUUGAAGCAGCCAUAGGAGAGAAAAUCAAGGAACAUUGUAGUUAUACAAUAUGUUAUACAAUAUGGGAGGUAGCUACAGCAAACAGUGGGUUCUCCUGGCAGCGGGUUCUAAAGGUUGGGAAAACUACAGACAUCAGGCCGACGUGUGCCACGCGUACCAGGUCGUGCGCCAGAACGGGAUUCCAGAUGAACAGAUUGUGGUGAUGAUGUAUGAUGAUAUCGCUUAUAAUGAAGAGAACCCUUUUAAAGGUAAAAUCAUUAAUGAACCAGAUGGCCCAAAUGUUUAUACUGGGGUUCCAAAGGACUACACUGGAGAGGAGGUAUCAGCUGAUAACUUCCUGGCUGUACUGCGUGGAGAUUCGGAGGCUGUCAAGAAAACAGGAAGAAAAAAAGUCAUACAAAGUGGUGAAAAUGAUUCUGUCUUCAUCUACUUAUCAGACCAUGGAGGUCAUGGUGUCUUUUGCUUUCCUCAUUCCACACUUCACGCACAUGACCUUUUUACGACAAUACAUACAAUGUCAAAGAACAGCAAAUUUUCAAAGAUGGUCCUGUAUUUGGAAGCGUGUCAUUCUGGAUCAAUGCUGAAGGGGCUGAAGGACCACAACGUGUAUGGAGUUGCAGCGUGCAAGCCUCAUGAAAAGAGCUAUGCUUGUUUUAAGGAUAAGAAAAUAAAUGCUUGGCUUUCAGAUGUCUUCACCGCUGUCUGGCUACAUCACACCAAGACAGUGAAACUUAACACGACGUCAUUUGGAGAUCAGUUCGACUACCUGAAGAAAAAAGUCACCGAGGCUACGAGAAAACCUCAGACGCCAUGUAACUAUGGCGACAUGAACAUACGUAAAGUAAUGCUGAGUGAACUUCUUGGCGAAUCACCCGACUCUGUGAGGGGAGCGGGGCCAGGCCAGCCUACGAGCUUCCGAGUGUCUGAUGUGGUAGACGCUACAGAAGUUCCACUGCUAAUCCAAGAAAACAGGAUUAAAAAUGAACAGGACCCGGAAAAGAGGCAGGCCCUGGAACGACAAUAUCAUGCGCUUAUAAGAAAGAGGAAGACAGUGGAUGAAGCACUGAAGAAGAUUGCUGAGCGCACAAACGCUUCAAAAGCUCUGACUGAAAAGCGUGAGGUGACUCGGACGUACGAACUCAAACUCGUGGCUGAGCAUUUCAGGAAAAAUCUCUUCAACUGGGAAGAGGAGCCGUUUGUUAUCACUCCUUCACACAUACAGGUUUUAGUGAAUCUGUGUGAACAUGGAUUGCAGGUUCAGAGCAUCACUGAGGCCAUCACUCACGUGAGCUUUGAGAUUGCUUUCUGAAGAAAUCACACACGACGUCACAGUCAUUUUCUUUUACGCUUUUUCUUCUUUCAGUACUCUAAGGAUGGCUUUCAGAAAAUGUCUGAUCAGAAUUCAGCAUUUUUUGAUGCUGAAUAACCAAGAAUCAUCUUGCUGCAUGUGCAAUGAAUAAUCAUGUUUAAAUUCUAAAUACCAGAUUUACUGUAAGCAAAAAAAAAGUUGUUGUUUUUAUUUGUUAAAUCAAUAUAUUUCUAAAGUAAAAUGUGUAUAGAGCAUUUUUUAAAAUUUUUUAAUUGCAUUUCUUCCAUGAGGCACAUUUUGCCAAACAGAUUUUAUGUCUGAUGUGAAUGAUUUGAAUAAUUUUCCAUAAUUAUAUAAUUCUCAACAGCAGGUUUUACUCACUAGGCAGAUUUGUAAGCUGGGUUAGUAAUGUCUCUUCAUGUGUAUGGAAGUAUAAUAGUGCCAGAUGUCCUCAAGGAAAAAUGGCAUGUUCAAUUAUAUAAAUUGAAUAAAAACAUAUUUCAAUAAAAAUACUUGAAUUUUUCUGCCCAAUUUGACACAAAUUGAAAAUAAAACACAGCAAUAUCAAUGCGUGAA